UCAUUUCAAAUCAUCAUUUCUAGAUGUGUUGUGGUCAUUCCAGUUCAGUGUCUGUUGAAUCUCAACAAAAUCAGACCUGAGGAGUGACAUAAAGUCAUCCAACAGCAAUGUGAAAGACUGACAGCAUGACAAGACAAAAGAAAACUUUGAACAAAAUCUAGGUUAUCACAUAAAAAAAUAUUAUUGAACUUAACUAAACUAAACUUUUCUUUUUUUAAUAUACUUUUUUUGGAUAUUUUUUAGUAGUUCACAGUAUGAAACAAAAAUGGCAAUAUCUAAACACAUACCUAUAAAUAGUAGAUUUUAAAUCAGAAAACUGGUCUCUGAAAAGGUCUCUUAAUAUUUUCCAUGGCUGUAUAACCAUGAUAAAAUUAUUAAUGUUGGCUGGGUAAUUACUUAAAAAAUGUAAUUCAUAACUAAUUAUUACAUCUAAAAACUUAGAUGAUCAACUUUGACCACAUGGACAAUAUAUAUUAAACUCUUAACAACUUAAAUAUAACCUGUGACAAGCUGUAAACAUUAAUUUUCAUUAUACUAUGCAUUUUAAAUAAUGUUUAUGUUCCAUUUAAUAUGCAAACUCACUGAUGAAGUUGCUAAUUGAAAUUCAAUAUUGUAUCAUACAUAGAAUUGUUGCAGUUUUUCUCAGCCAGAGGUCUGGGGUCCACUAGCUCAAUAAACGUUCAAGGGUGAAAAUAACUUUACAAUUAUUUAAAGAAAAAAAACAACAUAUUUCUUAGAGUGUUUUUUCUAGGUGGCUACGCCAAGCUGUGUUAUAUUUUACAAAUGGUUGGAAAUUGUGAGUGAAUGGGCCAUCAAGUAUUUUUGUGGAAAAGGAAGUGGAAUAGUUGAGAUCCACUAAAAUAAGUAAUGCAAAUAACUGUAUAUGCUUUAAAAUGAAGACUAUGCCUUUACUUUAUUCAGGGAAAAAGUCAUUAUGCUCAAUUUUAAGUAAUCCUUCACCCAUGACAAGAUCGUAUAAAGUGCACUUUAUGCACAUGUUUAAUAUUCAGCCUAUAUAUAAUAAAUAUAAUAUUUAUUAUGUUACAUUUGUUUACAUCUUUAUUUUUAAUGGCAUUAAAUCAAGUGAUCAGUUUGUAGAAAUCCUGACUUUUACUAUAUGUUGAAUUGUAAGUGUUCUUAAUGUAAUCACCCAGAUCAAUAGAUUAAUCAUCAUGAUUAAUGAAUCCCUCACGAGUCAAAGUCUCAUUUACAUGCACUACUGUCCAAUAGUUCACGCGCGUCAAACAUUAACUUAUAAAAGUGCGCGUGUUGCAACUCCUGCAAGCUUCACAAUAAACCUUGGUGUUUCGAGUCAGAUCUGUGGGCGUGGCUUGUUGGUUUUUACUAAAUCCUUGUGUUUUUAAAGUGUUACGAAACCUUUACACUAGCACACAACUGCAGAGAAGCAACAGCCGUGCGUAAUGGCGACAACGCGGUCUCUUCACCUCCUCAACAGCCACGAGCGUUUAUUUAACAAGGUGUUUUCAGCAUGGACCGCCAGAGGCUUUGCGAAUAAAAGUGACGAAGGCUGGUUGAGUUCCAUGUUUGCACACAAAGCGGAUGCCAGAAAGGAUGCCCACUCCAAUCUGCUCUCCAAGAAAGAAACCAGCAACCUCUACAAGAUACAGUUUCAUAACGUGAAGCCAGAAUUUUGGGAGGGAUACAACAAACUGUCAGCUGAGGUCCAGAAAGAGCUCCAUCAGGAUGAAGAUUAUCCAUGUGAGGUUGUUGGAAGUUGGAACACUUGGUAUGGGGAACAGGAUCAGGCAGUGCAUCUGUGGAGGUACUCUGGUGGAUAUCCUGCACUAACAGAGUGUUUACGCAAACUGAACAACAAUACGGCAUAUCUUGCAUUUCGAAAAGAGAGGAGUAAAAUGUUGCUCUCUCAUCGGAACCAACUUCUUCUGGAAUUCAGCUUUUGGAACGAGCCUGCGCCCAGAACUGGUCCCAGCAUUUACGAACUGAGAUCUUAUCGACUCCAUCCUGGUACAAUGAUCGAAUGGGGAAAUAACUGGGCUCGAGCGAUCAAAUACAGGCAGGAGAACAAUGAGGCGGUGGGUGGUUUCUUCACACAGAUUGGUGAAUUGUAUGUUGUUCAUCAUUUAUGGGCUUAUAAAGACCUGCAGUCCAGACAGGAGACCAGAAACACUGCUUGGUUUAAAGAGGGCUGGGAUGCUAAUGUGCAUUAUACAGUGCCUCUUAUCCAGAAAAUGGAAUCAAGAAUUAUGAUUCCCAUGGAACAUUCACCCUUAAAAUGAUAGGUGUGUCACCUAUGAUUAUCUCAUAAACACAACAGUCAUUUCCAGUUGGAACUGAACACUGAAUGAAUGAAGAGCAAAUGUGCCAAUGGUGAAGCCCAAACUGAGAGCUGUGAAAACAGAACAAGCUGUCUCUGUACAAAUGGAGAAAAAGUGCCUUUUGUUUUUUAAAUAAGGGAAAUACAAUGCUUUAAUCAUUGUUGUCUAUUGCAAUGCAUUACUCAGUGUGGAAGCCCUGUUGGCGUCUUCAUGUCUAGGACUGUUGUUAAAUUGUUUACUGUAAUAUUUAUUUACUUGAUUAAAGCACGGGUUGAAUUUUAGCUGUAUAAUAAUAGAUGUAAAAAUAUAAAUAAAAUGACCUUUGUAAUA